AUGUAUACAAUUCUUCAUGAAACGGAUGAUUCAACCGCAGUGAAUUUUAGUGAAUGUGGAAAAUUCUUUCCGGAGAAAGGUUUACAAAUAGUUACCAUUGGUGUUAAAUAUUUACGAAUUUUUCGUGCUAAUCCAUAUGCAUUAUUAUUAAAAGAUGAGCAACAAUGGGCACAAACAACACGAUUAGAAUGUUUAUUAGCUGUGCGAUUAUUAGCACCGGUACAAUCGUUUGCUAUUGCAAGAAUUUCACAGAAUCCAGACUGUGACAGUCUUCUACUUGGAUUCGAUGAUGCAAAACUUUCUAUUGUUGCCGUAAAUCCAGCUGAUCGGUGUUUGAAAACAAUUUCAUUACACUGCUUCGAAGAUGAGCUGUUGAAAGAUGGAUUCACUAAGAAUUUACCUCGUCCAGUUAUUCGUGUUGAUCCAGGUCAACGAUGUGCUUCCAUGCUUGUUUUUGGGAGAUACCUUGCUGUGUUACCAUUCAAUGACUCAAGUACCCAAUUACAUUCAUAUACAGUUCAACUUUCCCAAAUUGAUUCUCGUUUGGUUAAUGUGGUUGAUAUGGUUUUUCUUGAUGGUUACUACGAACCAACAUUAUUAUUCCUUUAUGAACCUGUUCAAACCACUUGUGGACGUGCUUGUGUACGUUACGAUACCAUGUGUGUAUUAGGUGUCUCAUUAAAUGUUAAAGAACAAGUUCUUGCUUCAGUAUGGCAAUUAACCAAUCUACCGAUGGAUUGUAAUCAAAUUCUUGCAAUUCCACGACCAGUUGGUGGAAUUUUGCUAGUUGCUACAAAUGAACUUAUCUAUUUGAAUCAGUCUGUCCCUCCAUGUGGUAUAUCGCUUAACAGUUGCAUGGAUGGUUUCACUAAAUUUCCAUUAAAAGACUUCAAGCAUAUGGCUCUAACACUGGACGGUGCUGUUGUGACUGUUGUUUCUACAAAUAAGAUUUUACUGUGCGAUCGCAAUGGACGAUUGUUUACACUGAUUUUAGUUACGGACGCAACAAAUUCGGUCAAAUCACUGGAGUUGAAGUUUCAGUUUGAAACGGUAAUCCCAUGCACGAUGACUUCCUGUGCACCUGGUUAUCUCUUCAUUGGCUCUCGUCUUUGUGAUUCCGUAUUUCUACAUUGUAUUUUUGAACAAUCUACGCUGGAAGAAUCUGCAACAAAGAAAAUGAAAUUGAGCACCGAACCAAAUGCGAAUGAAGAAGAUGAAGAUUUUGAGUUGUAUGGCGAAGUGCUUCCGAAAGUUGCAAAACCGGACGUAACAGAAGAAUUGUUGAAUAUUCGCGUGCUUGAUAAAUUGCUUAACGUCGGCCCUUGCAAGAAAAUAACUGGUGGUUGUCCGAGUGUCAGUGCUUACUUCCAGGAAAUAACCCGAAAAGAUCCACUUUUUGAUUUGGUAUGUGCUUGCGGCCAUGGAAAAUUUGGAAGCAUUUGCAUACUUCAAAGGAGCAUUCGUCCUGAAAUCAUCACAAGUAGCAGCAUUGAAGGAGUUGUGCAAUAUUGGGCUGUUGGGCGCCGUGAGGAUGAUACUCACAUGUAUUUCAUUGCUUCAAGAGAGCUGGGAACUUUGGCAUUGGAAACGGAUAAUGAUUUGGUAGAACUGGAAGCGCCGAUAUUCUCCACUUCAGAAUCAACCAUUGCUGCUGGUGAAUUAGCUGAUGGUGGUCUUGCUGUUCAAGUGACUACAUCGAGUUUGGUAAUGGUUGCAGAAGGACAGCAAAUUCAGUAUAUACCACUCCAAUUAACAUUUCCGGUGCGGAGUGCUUCCAUUGUGGAUCCAUACAUUGCCAUAUGUACUCAGAACGGGAGAUUAUUAAUGUAUGAAUUAACCAAUCAACCGCAUGUAUCUUUAAAGGAAAUUGAUAUUUCGAAAAGAUUACGUCAUGAGACGUCGCCAAUUACAUCAUUAUCAAUUUAUCGUGAUAUGAGCGGAAUUAUUCGAUUUUGUUCUGCAACAAAUAUGUCUCAACAGCAACAAGCAACUGGUGCUAAUAUGCAUAUUCCAGAGCAAGAAGAUUUUGACGAUGUGGAUGAUUUGCUGUUGUAUGGAGAUUCAAAAAAAUCAAAAAAAGAAACGGUGUCUAAACGUAGAAUUGUUGGUAUGAAAUUAACAGAACAAAAUACUCAUUUUGAUACCGAUGUAAUCGACCCAAAUACGAUUGUGCCUUCACAUUGGAUUGCAAUUGCUCGAGAAAAUGGAAACAUGUACAUAUAUUCCAUACCGGAACUACAUUUAGUUUAUAUGGUGAAAAAAAUUAGUCAUUUGCCGGACAUUGCCACUGACCAACCGUAUGUCGAUGACGAGCCAGUUACGGGAGAAGGUAUUGAUGCAAUGUCCGGAACAAUGACUGAUACAUUUGCUGUAAAGCCGGAAGAAGUGAUUAUGGAACUGCUUCUUGUUGGAAUGGGAAUGAAUCAAGGACGUCCACUGCUUUUUUUACUUAUUGAUGAUACGGUUUCUGCAUACGAAAUGUUCACUUACAAUAAUGGUAUUCAAGGGCAUCUUGCUAUACGCUUCAAACGACUUCCAUAUACAACUGUCACCAGGUCAUGCCGUUUUCAAGGUACAGAUGGCCGAGCAGCAGUUGAAUCAGUUCGAGAUGCUGUUAGACAUAAAACUGUUUUGCAUUUCUUUGAGCGAAUUGGAAAUGUAUUAAAUGGUGUCUUUAUUUGUUCGUCGUAUCCAUGUAUUUUCUUCCUUGAAAGUGGUGUACCACGCCUUCAUCCUGUUAAUCUUGAUGGACCGAUAUUAUCGUUUACUACUUUCAAUAAUGCAGUUUGUCCUAAUGGAUUUAUUUAUUUGACAGAACGAGAUCGGUUUAUGCGUGUAGCAAAGUUACCGAGCGAUAUGAUACUUGAUGCAUCAUAUCCAGUUAAAAGGAUAAACGUUGGAGCUACUGUACAUAGUGUUGUAUAUUUGCUGCAUUCAAAUACGUACGCCGUGUUGACAAGCGAGAAGAGGAAGGUAACAAAAAUGUGUGUGCUUAUAAAUGAUGACAAAACAUUUGAGGAACACGAAAAACCGGAUACAUUUGUGUAUCCGGAAAUGGAUCAAUAUAAAUUACAACUGUAUUCACCAGAAGAUUGGAAACCAGUACAGCAUGUGGAAAUACUUUUUGAAGAAUUCGAAGUAGUAACAUGUUGUGAAGAAGUUGUUUUGCGAUCUGAGGGUACUGUAUCCGGUGUACAAAAUUAUUUAGCUGUUGGGACUGCUUGUAAUUAUGGUGAAGAAGUUUUAGUACGAGGCCGAAUCAUCAUUUCAGAAAUUAUAGAAGUAGUUCCAGAACCGGGACAACCAACAAGUAAGCAUCGAAUAAAAACACUGUACGAUAAGGAGCAAAAAGGACCAGUUACAAGCUUAUGCUCGUGCAAUGGUUAUUUGUUAACUGGCAUGGGUCAAAAGGUAUUUAUCUGGUUAUUUAAAGAUAACAAUCUACAAGGAAUAUCUUUUCUGGACAUGCAUUUUUAUAUUCAUCAGCUAAUUGGUGUGCGGAAUCUUGCCCUUGCAUGCGACAUGUAUCGUUCGUUGGCUUUGCUACGAUAUCAGGAGGAAUAUAAAGCACUAUCAUUGGCUAGUCGUGAUAUGCGCUCUGAUGUUCAACCACCAAUGGCUGCUCAAUUUCUAAUUGAUAACAAACAAAUGGGAUUUAUAAUGUCUGAUGAAGCUGCUAACAUAGCCAUUUUUAAUUAUUUGCCUGAAACAUUGGAAUCAUUGGGAGGGGAAAAAUUAACGCUACGAGCUGAGAUUAAUAUUGGAACAGUUGUGAACUCAUUUAUUCGAGUGAAAGGCCAUAUUUCAAGUGGCUUUGUUGAGAAUGAAUUAUUCUCAUUGGAACGACAAAGUGUUUUGUUUGCAUCAUUAGAUGGAAGUUUCGGCUAUUUACGACCUCUUACCGAAAAAGUAUUCCGACGAUUGCAUAUGUUACAACAAUUAAUGUCAUCGAUGGUACUGCAACCUGCUGGUUUAAAUGCAAAGGGUGCACGAGCAGCUCGACCACAAAGGCCAAAUCAUUAUCUUAACACUCGAAAUUUAGUGGAUGGUGAUGUAGCGAUGCAAUAUUUACAUCUUUCGCUCCCAGAAAAGAAUGAUUUGGCGCGGAAAUUAGGGACUAGUCGUUAUCAUAUUAUCGAUGAUCUCAUUGAGAUUUGCAGGGUUACUGCGCAUUACUGA